AUGAGUAUCUUCAAUUUUUCACUAUUCCACCGACCAACCUUUCAACAGCGCAUUGAUAGCGAACUUGACCCUGAACAAUCCACUGCUUUACUUGCUUCUACGUUCUCGCUGUCUGCUAAGCACCUUUGUAACGACAGAGAUGAUACUCGAAAAGAGGUGUUGAGUCCGUCCAAGUUCUACGAAAUUGCGUCGAACUUGGUUCACAAGCAGUUGCGAAAUUCUGGUGACAGAUCCCCUCCAUUAUUCCUCCUUCAGACUUUUAUCAUGACAACAUACUACAAACUGGUCAGUGGUGUUCGUGGGGUCGCAUGGCGGUCACUGGGAGCGGUGAUAAGACUUGCAUACGAACUUCGACUUCAUCUUGUCGACCUGCCUCUGAAACUGUCUUCCACCAAAACUGAUAUGGAUCUUGUAGAGGUAUGGGUGGCCAGAGAAGAAAGACGGAGAGCGUGGUGGACUAUUUGGGAAUUCGAGGUCUUUGCGACCACCAUACGCAAGUGCCGACUCGGAAUGGAUCUAGAACAACAUGCCACGCUUCUGCCUGUUGACGACAAAUUCUGCUUCAAUGGUGAGAAAAAGCCGAGUUGCUUCUUUCAGAAAGAUCCCGUACUUCGAUGGAUAGAACUGAAAAAUAGCGACAAUGAAAGUGGCAGAGCCUGGUUCAUAGUCAUCAAUUCCUUCAUGCGAGACGCACAUUCUCUCUCGAAUGCAUCCGUCCCUGUGGAAUCUUCUAGCGAUGAGGAUACUGGAUCUUACGGGGGUAAUCGUUUAACCUCAAACCAGAGAAAUGGCCAAGAUUUUGAGAGGGCAUCGAAACUCGCCGUGCUAGACAACUGCCUUUCUUGCUUUAUGCUGUCGUUACCUCAAGAGCUUCGUUAUCGUUCAGAGCAUUUAUUUUCAACCCCAUCGGACAGUGAAAAGCAGACGAUUCACGCAAUGAUUCAACUUGCCAAGAUAAUGAUACUUCACAAAGAUUGCUUCCGUAACGACUACCGAGCAGUCGAGAGAGAAGACGACGCAAACGUAUUCAGCAACACGGCAUCCUCGCCAUGGCCAGGCGAAUCCGGCUCACAUCCAAAUUCUGUAUGGUCAAGGUACCUUGAUGCCGCAAAUAAUGUGGUUAGAAUCGUCCGAAACGCGUCGAUCGACCACAUUCGCUAUGGAGACCCUCUUUUAGUAAACACUUUCUGGAUCAUCGCUGCGAUGCAGCUUGUACAAAGAACAUUUGCGAAAACAAAAUCUGAGAAAGUCAUGGCGCAGUCCAGCUUUGAUUUGCUGCACCUGACGUUGAUACAACAUGAGCAAUAUUGGAAUACCUCACCUGUACUUUUACAGAACUUGGAUAAGCUAUAA